AGAGCAAGGAGGGGCAGGGCGAGAGGUUCGGGGAGACUCCCACCCAUACCGCGCCACCGAGCGAGCGAGCGAGAUCCCGCCUCCCCCCUUCUCCAUCCACCCCGCCCCGCCGGACCCGAUCCCGAUCCCGAUCUGAUCUCGCCGCCGGACACCAUGGCCCCCGUCUCGGCCCUGGCCAAGUACAAGCUGGUCUUCCUCGGCGACCAGUCCGUCGGCAAGACCAGCAUCAUCACCCGGUUCAUGUACGACAAGUUCGACAACACCUACCAGGCCACGAUUGGUAUUGACUUCCUGUCGAAGACAAUGUAUCUUGAAGACAGAACUGUGAGACUCCAACUCUGGGAUACAGCUGGUCAGGAAAGAUUCAGGAGUUUAAUUCCAAGCUACAUCAGAGAUUCUUCAGUUGCUGUUAUUGUAUUCGAUGUUGCAAGCAGGCAGUCUUUCUUGAACACGUCGAAGUGGAUAGAGGAAGUCCGGACAGAGAGAGGCAGUGAUGUCAUCAUUGUGCUUGUUGGGAACAAAACUGACCUUGUUGACAAGAGGCAAGUUUCCAUUGAGGAAGGGGAAGCCAAGGCAAAAGACCUGGGUGUGAUGUUUAUUGAAACAAGUGCUAAAGCUGGUUUUAACAUUAAGGCUCUGUUCCGCAAGAUUGCUGCUGCACUUCCUGGAAUGGAGACCCUUUCAUCAGCAAAGCAAGAAGAUAUGGUUGAUGUUAACCUGAAGUCCGGCAACGCGAACUCAUCCCAGUCACAGGCACAGGCUGGGGGAUGCAGUUGUUAGCUCCAGUCCCUAACAUUCGCAGCUCAUGAUGUCAAGACCCACAUGCCCAUCAAACAACAUCUACAGUACUGCUCCUCUCUCAGUCAAAGGAGGAUUGAUUGUCUUACAGCAGUGAGUCCAUGAUCCGAGUCAAUGAACAAGAACCAUUUCCGUUGGAAGAUCCGUUUUUACGAGUUUCUAGUAUUUUGUCAGUGGCCUAAGCUAGCAACAGUGUAUAGUUGGGUUGGCACUGUGAACUCCCAUUGCUCGAGCUGAGUAUUAGAGUUAGCGAUUGGUUUAUGUUUCAACUUAUAUUUCUGUUGCCCAUCUUGUUGCAGUCAGCCCAAGUCUGUGUUUUUUCUAUGGUGUAUUGAAUAUAUAUAUAUUGGAAUUUUUGCAAACUAAUAAGUCCUAUGUUACCCCCAGAUUAUGUUUUGUUUA